AUGAAGGUGGCAGAACUGAUUCAAAAUGGAGAAUGGAAAAUACCUGAAAAUUUUCUUGAACUAUUUGAGCCUGCAGAUCUACCAGUUUUAGACAACAAAGAAGAUAGAAGAAUAUGGAGUGCUACAUCAACUGGUAAUUUCACUUUUGCUACAGAAUGUAUAAGAAAAAAAUUCCAAACUGUUCAGUGGGCAAAAGCAGUAUGGCACAAAAGUAUUCACCCAAGUAUAUCAGGUAAUGUUUGGAAGUUAGUGAGAGGAGUUGUUCCUUCAUAUGAAAAAAUGAAGAAGAAAAAAUUACAAUUAGCAUCAAGAUGCCUAUUUUGUAGAAAAGAAGAGGAAAAUUUGGAACACAUUCUUUGGUACUGUGACUACAAUGAAAUAAUAUGGAGUUGGCUGGGAGGUAUCUUCAAAUUCACUAAUCAUAAAUCAUUGGAAGACACUCUGCAAUUUGCAAGAAAUAAAAGUCCAGCUAUAAAAGAACUAUGGAAAGUGGCAGCACUGAUUACUCUGAAAGAGAUAUGGUUCUUGAGAAAUAGAAUAGUCUAUGAGGAAGAAGAAAUGAAAAUAGACUCUCUGAAGCAAAGAAUUCUACACUUUACAAAAGAAUGUGAAGUGAGAAUGGCAGGAAAAAUGUGGAAUUCAACUUAUGAUCUGCAUAUUUUGAAAACUUUUAAGCUAAGCUGUAGAAAGGUGAAAAUAACAAGAAUAAUAGAGAUAUACUUCUGUUGA